AUGCUCGCGAGAAGACAGAUGCUGAGGCUGUCACGGUCGGAGAGAGAUUCACUUUCACACGGACUGGGAUGUGAGAGCCCGACGAGAUGGAGACCUUCAUCCAUCUUUACCUAAAUCUGACUGAUGUUGGGAGUCAAGCCAAGAUGUGACCGUCACAGUGCGUCGUAGUUUGGAUCUGCCCUGCUUUUACAACACUUGUUUCUAUAGCAACAGAAAUAUCAGAGUAUCCUAAAAAGUCCCAUUCCCACAAUGCAGUCCUCUAGCUGCUCCUCUCAGCCUCCAAAGCCCCGGCGCUUUGACGUUAGCAGACGGACCAAUACCGUAGCUGGACCAAAGUCUCAUGGCCCUGGUUUCCAGAGGGAGGAUAAAAACAUGAACACGAUCACCAGGUCCUCCUCCCCACGCCGUGCUACUAAAGGCCCCCCUGCACCCACCAGGACCAGGGUGGGAGUGCAGCCUCGAGUGCCAGUAAGCCAGUCCAGGUUUGGCUCACAAAAACAGGUUUCCACCAUCUCCAAAUCAGCUAAGCCCAAACCCAAGAGUGCUCGUGCAUCGGCUGCAACCAAAAUUGCACCAGCCGCAGCUCCACCUCCACUUCCCUCUGUUCUUCCUAUUGACCAGAACUGCAACGAGCCGAGCCUCCCGUGUCUGUGCUGCGAUGGCCGCUCCCCGCAGGACAACAACAGUAUGUUCAACCAUAACCACAACAACAACAACACCAUCUCUAUCAGACAGCAACUGCAGCUACCUCCUCCUCUGGCCCCGUUGCCCCAAAGGCAGGAUGGGAAGGGGGCCAAGGAGCAGCCUCAGCCUCCCUCCCAAGCACAGGCCCAGCUGGAGGCCUCCGCCCACCCUGCUGCCUGUCUGGAAAAUGAAGGCAAGAAUGCAGACGCAAGCACUGAUCUGGACAACAAGAAAAAUGUAAAAGUAGAGGAAGAAGACGACGAGGAAGAGAGCAGUGGGGAUAUUGAUAUUGACGACGAUGAAGAUGAGGCUGAUAAUGAUGACGACGAUGAUGAUGAUGAUGAUGAUGACACCCUGGUCCCCUCGUGCUGUGACUGUCCCCCCUCCCUCCUGGAGUUCUCGCUUUCCUCCUCUACCUCCUCGUCCUCCACUUCCAUCAGCUCCUGCUCUGAUCUGGAGUCUGACUGUGCAGAUCAAUCCACCUCCAUCUGCUCUUCCCACGACCAAGAUAAUUUGUCCGUCGCUCUGUCCCCCGAAGAGUGCUCGCUCCCACAAGCCCCUGAAUGCCAGCCUCCUGCGCGUUCACCCCCAUCCCUUCCUCUUAACUGCAAUCCCUUCGUCUUGACAUCACAUUCCCCAAACCCCCCUUGCUCCCCUGAUGAGGGCUACCCCUCUGCCCUGGACUCCCCUUCUCCUGACUACCUAGGAGUCAAAGGUGAUUCUGAGGUCACCAAACUAGGUUUGCUUGACUUUCUAGAAUCAGUAGGGGAGUUUGGGAAAAUGGAGCGCUUCAGCCAGGUGAUCCAAGUGGCUCGUUGGGAUCUGGAGGAGGAACAACACUGGGAUGUUCUGAGGGAUCGGCUAGAUCACCUGGAUCGCUUGGAGAAGGUAAACAGGGAAGUCAAACUGUCCUACAUCGCCAGACUCCAUGAGAAGGGAUUUGAUCUUGGAGAGCUGGAAGAGCAGGAUCUCUCAGAUGUCAUGGAUGAAAUGGGCAACAUCGACAUUCCCUGGAAGUUGUAUAAAAGCGGCAGAGGAGCAAUGGGAGACUCUCAGGAGUUUUCAGAUGCAGGGGUUGACCUCACUGCUCCCUCAGACUGUGAGGAUCCUCUUGCUCCUGAUUCCCUCACCUCUUCUCCUGUUGAACCGCCACCUAGACCCCCAAAACCUCCAGCCCGUCAUGCCAGUGUGAGCUCUGACCUCCACACAUACAUCAAUAUCAGCAGGGAGACCACCUCCAUGGCUGUCUCCACGUCUCCUACGUUGUCUACUUUCUCCCCUAACUCCUCAUCCCCCACUUUCACCACUUUUAGGUGUGAGAAACCCCUACUUCCAUCUCCACCCUCCAUUCCUCCUCUCCCCACCUCUAAACCGGUCCCUUACCUCACCCUUUAUACGACUCCUUCUCCACCUCCAUCUAUUCCCACCCCAACUCCUCCCAUCCCUCCCCCUCGGAAGCGUCACCUUGCCAGGAAGGAGGCGCAGCGGCUCGCUGCUCUUCAAGCCGAACAGGAAAAGACCCCCCUUUCCCUUCCUCCUCCUACCACACGCCCCCCACCUCUGCCUCCUCCGCCAGUUAUCUCAGUCUCCUCCUCAUCUCCCCCUGCCAUGCCACCUGCACUGCCUCCUCCACCCUCCUUCCAUGCACUGGAUGUAGAGAUUAGGAAACUAUUGAUGCUUGCUGGAUUGACCCAAGCUGAGCUCCUCAAGCUCAGCCCAGAGCUUGGUGAUUGCGUUGGAGGGUUAGAGGAUGAGGGAGAUGGAGAUUAUGUUAUCUCGUCCAGGUCUGGGGAGCUACAGGAGUUCAGACUAAAAGAGACAGCCGAGGAGAAGGAAUGUGAGUCAGAGUUGACAUCCUGUGAAGGAUGGAGCAGCAGAAGCAAGCUGGAUGGAGAUCGAAGAGCAGAUAUAGCUGAAGAAUGCAAAAAGAACACACAAAGAACCACCUCAUUCACUGAGAUGGCAAGAAGAAAGAAAAGGAACAGCGGUCUGACCUCUGAUCCUUACUACACCACUGGUUGUAGCGAUACACAUGAAACUAAAGCAAAGAAUAUGAGCUUUGAGUCUUUCCGCUAUCCUGCCGAGGUACCGGAUUCACCUCCCCCUCCUCCUCCUCCUCGCCCCUUACCCCCAAUCCCCCCAUCUGUGCCACCCCACAAAGUCAGCACUCUCCUGGCUAACUCUGCACAGCCUGAGCGAUUUGAUUGGCUCAUAGCAUUCACACCUGAAUGUGAAGCCCCACCACAGCUUCCACCCCUGGCAAUGAGAAGAUCUCACGUGGAAACUCAAAAGAAGGUCAGUUCGUCUAGGUCAUCUCCGGGGUCAGCUCCAAAGGUCACGACUUUUAAAGAGAUGCGUUACCGCAACAAGAGCACCUUCCCCACAACAAAGGUGAUCACUGAUCCAGACCCUGACCCAACAGUUAUUACUCCAGAUGCAGAUAUACUGUACAACCUGAGGUGGAGAAGGGAGAUGGCAGGCGGCGACGGCAACCAAUGGGAGUACACCUCUCAGGCUCAGGCCUUCUUCAUGCAGCCGCCACCAGCCCUCACCUCAAUGGCAGCUCUGAAGGAAAUGCUCCAGAGAGCUGACGAGGAGGGUAGACAGCCGGAGCUGUGCCCAUCCCAGAAGAUUGGCUGCUCUCUCAGCGACAGCAGCUUGUGGACCAUGGGCAGAGAGUGGGAGGGUGAAGAAGUUAAGAAAGAGGAAAAGGAAGGGAAAGAAGAAGAGAAGGUGGAGGUGGAGGUGGAGGUGGAGGAGAGAGGACGAGCCGAUGGAGAAAGGACGUUCGAAUCAAGAACCACAGUUUCCUCCCCCCCACUGUCCCUCGCCCAGUCCUCCCAACCCUACUUCCUCCACACUGCCCUCCCUUCCUAUCGCCCAGGCUACUGUAACUCCCUGCCCUUUGCAGAUCCCAGACCCAACCGCCAUGCAGGCAGGGAGGCCACAGACAAACACUGUAACACACAGUGGGCCCCUGCUGCCAGCUCAGCUUGUAUCCACAGAGAUGAUUCAAGCACUAAUAUAAACUCGGGCUUUAACAAUGAAUCCCUGGAUGAUUUUGGUGUAGACUCUCCUUGUGAUUAUGGGAAUAUCCUUAACACACACAAGGACUUUGCAUCUGACUCUAUUUGUAAUUUUGACUCUCUAUAUUACAGUGACUCAGACACGCACAUAAAGUCAGACACACCUGUUUGUGGCACCACAGAGGCUCCAGGUUGCACCACCCCAUAUAAGAACAUUGAUGUCAUGAUGACGUAUUCAAGCAGUAUCAGUGCUAUGGAUUCGCUGUAUUCAGAAAAGCGCACACACUCACACACAGACAACAACAGCAACAAAAGAGCAUCCAAAGAGCUUCCUCCUCUCCCCACAUAUUACCUGUACCACCCUAAAAACUGCCCUCUGCACAAGGGUGCCCCUCCUCGUCUCUCCCCUAUCGGAGCCCUCUCCCCUCCCCAGCGCUCCGGAGUGCCCCCUCCAGGCACAGCAGGCUUCGGCCUCAGCUCCCCGCUUUUCCCCCGCUCUCACACCUUGCCUGCCCUCGCUGCUCCCCUCUACUAUCCAAACCUCUACCCUCCUAUACCGCCCAGGGCACCCCCCUUACCCCCAAAACUCUACCAGGCUCCACCGCAGUCAAGCGUGGCGACUGUUCGCAGUGUCUCUUUCGCUGGCUCUGUACAGAGGACCGAGACAUCCUGGAUGGGCGAAGAUGUGAAGCAUCCAAUGAGAGCUCUGGUCAGUGCGGUCAGUGUGGCAGUGGAAGCCAUCUUGGCCCAGUUCAGCUCUUCUCGGACUGUAGUACAGAAGUUUCUCUCAGUUAACAAGGCCUUAUCAGGAGACAGCACUAUAAAUCCAUCUCUGGGCCGUCUGGUGCUACAGUGUCUCUGCCCUGCCCUGCACAGCUUGCUGACCGAUGGCUUGAAACCUCACCAGAGUGACCUGAUUGCAGGCAGGAGGCCAAAUUCUGCCUGGGGUCUGGUUCAGGCCUCAACCAGGCCAGGUCCUAAAACUCAAGCAUUGUUCCACCUACAAGUUCGUGUUGGAGAGCUGCCUCAGCUCAGGCAGAGCAAACACAGGUUCAACGCAUUCCUCCUUGGCCUACUGAAUACCAAGCUUCUUGAUGUCUGGCUGUCUCACCUUCAGUCUUGCAGUGAUGUGCUGGAGACAUAUUACCACCCCACCUCCUUCAUGCGUCUGUCGCUGAGCGCCUGCCAGCCUCUGUUCGAGGAGCUGCUCCUCGUGUUGCAGCCUCUCGGCCUGCUGACCUUCAACCUUGACCUGCUCUUCCAGCACCACCAUUUAGAGUCGGACAGUCCCAGUCCAGAGAUCCCCAGCCCACCUUGUCAGGAUGCUGGAUUCCAGUUUUCAACAGAGGGCUCCCAAUCCAAAACCACAGACUGCAGAUAUAUUGAAAGCCUCUCAGAAGUAGACUUUGGAAGCCCAGAACAUCAGGCAACCAAAAUAUCGUCACCAUUGAGUCAUCCAAAGAAUGGAGGACCAGGGGAGUCAACACAUAGCAGUACUGAACCUAUAACGGCUUCGGUCACUAUCGGGCAGACAAGUCCUCAGCUGUUGUGGGUGCAAGAGAAGGAAAUUGGAGACUUACCUCUUCCUAAUGUUGAGGAGGACAGCCUCGCACUGCAGGCAGGACAGGUGAUCCAACAGGGAUGGGGGGCUGUGAUGCGCUGGGGAGGCAGACUGAGCCAAAACCUGUCUGAGCUGAGCCUGAAAAAGGAGGAGAUGAAGACAGAUCUGCCGGACCUCCGGGCCCAAGCAGGGAGUGACUUCACUCCGGUCAGCUGGGGUGCUCAGGUUCCCUGGGGUCUGGGGCUGCGGCUCUUUGGGGCCUCUAAAAACCUCAACAGCCCACCAGGUCACACACCACCAACCAGGCGUCCCUCUCAGUGGCUGGCUCCUGGUGUCACUGCACUGACCCGAAUGGUGAGCAGCAACUCCACCCCGAUUAUAAGGAGGGCCCCGGAGCCCCAGAAAGAAAGUGAGCCAGGAACACAGAAAGAGGUUGACACACUGGAGAUGAAGGACAAACCCAGACCACUCAGGUCAAUACGAACGCUGUGUGACCACUCUGGAACCGGUUCGGAGCUCAGCUUCUGCAAAGGGGAGGAACUGGUGGUGUUAGGAGGAGUCGAUCAGGACUGGAUUCGCUGUCGUCAGGGAGACAAGGAGGGGCUGGUACCUAUUGGCUACACCUCCCUCAUCAUGUGACUUUGGCACCAUAACUGCUGCACUCAAUCAAUAUAAACUAAAUAAAAUAAAAAAGAUAUAUAUUUUAGGCGAGUGUUGAGAGGUUAUGGUGUGGCUCCACUACUCUGAAAGGGAUAUUUCACGCUUGCUCGGUUUGAGUUUGAGUUGAGCGCAUAACACCAUCUGUUCUGCUUUACGUGCAUCAGGAGCAGUCUGCAGCCCUCUCCCUUUAUGAACAUAUGGGAGUUUUUUUCCCCAUCCAGUUUGGUAGCAUUAAACUAAUGGAUGUUAGCAGCAGGAAUGCAGCAGAUGGUGUGAAAUGAUGACUCAUGUCAAAUUUAGAACAUUUCAUACUGGAAGACCUUUGAUCUUGUAGUGAAGUAUCCCUUUAAAGUGUCCUUUUCUCAAUUUCUGCCUUCCUUGUCAGCCACUGAUCUGAAAAUGAUCACAGGGGAAAUUCUGUGCAAUUAGCCAAGAGCUUUCAGAUCAGCGGCUGUUCCGUCUUGAGGAGGCGACAGUCGACAACCUGGUAGUAGCCACAUUGAUAUCUCUAGCCGUCAGCCGUAGAUAGUCGCGGCUCGCAGGUUGUCGAGUGGAGAAAGCAUGUGAGAGUAGUGGGCCGUAGCUCCUGUUGCAUACUGCGUAGUAAUGUAGUGAAUUGUAGCUGUGUAGAUCCGUGUUCUAUUGACCUUUCAUCUCUAUUGAUCUCUCGCCUCUGCCUGGUUCAUGUGUGUUUGACAUGUUUCUGCUACUAUAAUUGACUGUAUAAAUAUACAUAAAAAAUUAUAUAUAUAUAUAUAUAUAUAUAUAUAUAUAUAUAGGUAUAUAAAUUGAGAUUGAUAUUACCAAGAUAGAUAGAAAGAUAGAACAAGAGAAAGCAGAUAGUAAAACAUAAGCAGCUACUGUGGUCACAUUGGGGAAGUGGAUGAUUCAAAAUUCUUUACAUCUGCAACCUUUCACAUGCAUUAAGUGGUUGUCAUACAUGCAACAAAAAAAAGAUAUGUGUUUUUUUAAAGUAUGGAAUCCAGUAUCUUCCCUUGUGUGCUUCAUGUAUUGCUUUUGUCUUGACAACAUAUUCAUAGAAAUAUUAGAUUUAGCUUCAUACCUUAAACACUGUAUGCAUUGUAAUGUGCCAUGAAUGCUUUGAAUGAAUGCCAGAAAAUAUCUAUCUAUCCACAUCUCACACAGCUAUAGAAGAUAAUAUUGGACAACAGCAAUCUGUAGCUUAUCUCUCAACUUGUCCAAAACCUCACAGGGCAACAUGUGUCAGAGUAAACGCCUCACAAAACUAUCCUCAGCUCUUGUUCAACACUAUCUGACCUUAAACAUAAUGCAGUGAGAAAACCCCAGAUGUAUGUCAUUCAUAAAAGCUACUGUAAAGUCUGUGAGUUUGGUAGCUGGUCUUCACCACAUACCUCAGCUUUUGUAUUUAUCUUAACCCUUCCCGCCAUGUUUGCUCAUCAUAAUCAUUGAUAUUAAUGAUAGUGGUAGUAGAAGUGGUAGUGGUGGAAGUGACAUGUUGAUUCUAGUGUUGAAAUCCCAUCGCUUUGUGUUGUAUAGUUAUUAGUUAUUCUCUAGAUUCUGUAUUGGUGACAAUGCAUAUGGUUAAAUGUACAACUAAAAGCCUUUUUGUUUAUUUUAAAGUCAUUGCUUUGCUUUGAUGUUGACACAUGAAGUCUAAAACUAAAUCUUAAAUAGUUAAUCUAAAACAGACAGAUUUUUAACUGGUCAGGAAAGGCCGAUACUAAAGGACCUCCAUUUAAUUCAGCAGGAAUGUUUCAUUGCUAUUAUCAAUCAGGGAAAGCUCAGUUCUCACUAUGGCAACUGUCCAGUAGCAUUAAGUUGAACCAGUGCUCAUAACUUGUAACUUAUGAUCACAAUAAAAUACCAUCAAAUGGAUAAUACCUGUAAGUGUUUACAAGAAAUAAUGUAUAGGUAAAGAUAAAACAUCAGACACUUUGUUUAGUUUAUUUAGUUGUGAUAUUCUGGUCAAAAUGUAUUUGUUCGAAAGCUGUUAAUUUAUUGGAUGUGUACUAUUUAUUGAUCUUGAGGUUUCUGAAAGGAAAAGCUCUAUCUGACCCAUCUAGUGUCUCUCUAUCUAUCUGGGUUCUGUGUGUGUGUGUGUGUGUGUGUGUGUGUGUGUGUGGUGUGUGUGUGUGUGUGUGUGUGAGUGAUUGUGUACAUGGCAGCGUAUGUGUCAGUGGAAGCAGAGAUGAGUGUGAGCACAUCGGUGUGUCUGCACAUCCUGCACUUUCACUUAUGUAUGUGUGUAACUGUACCAAUGAGAUCUGUACCUCCCUCUCCUCUUUCUCUCUCUGGUGUCAUGUAGCCUGUAGACAUCCCUGUGUCCUACUAUUGAAUAUAGUUCAGUGCCCCUCUAGUGUCAGUCACUGCCCACCUCCUGCAUGUGCUUGUUUGUAAAUACACCAAAUAAAAUGAUCAGUAUAAACCAAA